UAAUUGAAAUCAACCUUAAACUCUUUUUAUCUCCACUCUAAAGGUAGCCCCGAUUAUUGCUAACUUAAGCAUCGGAGUGUUUACCCCGAGGACCCACCUCGGGGGCAGAAUCCAAGGGAUAAGUCUAGACUAGGCAGCUUGCCAGUAAUAAAUUAAAUCCCUCCAAUCAGCUGUUAGGGAGCAAAAGACUAUGGUUCCAAUGACAAAAAACGCUGAUGGUAGUGUUAGAGAUGGAAGCUCUAGAGCACAAGCUGUCAAGCACGAGCUACAAAGCUCCAAACGAGCUGCCGAGCUCAAACACGAGCUGCAGAGGUCGAGCACGAAGUGCAGGGGGGUUGAGAAUGAGCUACAAAGCUCAAACACAAGCUGCAGAGCUCAACUACGAGCUGCAGAGGUCGAGCACGAAGUGCAGGGGUUGAGAAUGAACUACGAAGCUCAAACACAAGCUGCAGAGCUCAACUACGAGCUGCAGAGGUUGAGCACGAAGUGGUUGAGCAUGAGCUACAGAGCUCAAACACAAGCUGCAGAGGUCGAGCACGAAGUGCAGGGGUCGAUCACGAAGUGCAGGGGUCGAACACGAAGUGCAGAACUCAAGCACGAGUUGCAGAGGUCAAACACUUACUGCCAAGGUCAACCACGAGCUGUAGAGGCCGAGCAUGAAGUGCAGAACUUGAACAUGAGGUGCAGAGGACGAGCAUGAGUUGAAAGAUAUGCAGCACGAGCUGCAAGGUGUCAACACCCUCAACAAGGUACCGACACUUUUCCUGCAUUCGUCCUGAGAGUCCGUGUCGGGUUUUUGUCCUUCUUUGCAAAUUUUGUUAACGGUAAAAUUACAGUCUCGACCCCUUACUUUUGGAUUCUGCAUAAUUUAAUCCUCAAAUUUCAUAUCUUUGCAAUUUAUUCCUAAGAAUUAUGACAUCUUCUAAUUAAAUCCUUUUCUACAU